AUGUUGUGGUCCCAAAAUAAACUCCAGAGUCCUCUGAGGCCGAGACAAGAUCGACUACAGGGCGGCCGCUCACAGCCCGCAAAAACACCGCCGACAUGGGCUUCAGACAGCACGCUCAUCGCGCAGUUGACUUCUGAGCUCUACUUCCUAAUAGCCCGGUUCCUAGAAGCCGGACCGUGUCAGAAAGCAGCCCAGACCCUGAUAAGGGAGGUGGAGGAGAAGGAGCUGCUCCCCAUUCGGCUGGACUGGACCGGGCAGGAGCACCCGGGGACCUACGAGGAUCUGGUGAAGCUCUACCGCCACAUCAGUCCAGACCACUUGCUGCAGGUCUGCUCCAGAGUUUGUCCCCUGCUGGAGACAGAUGUCCCCGCCAGCGUCCCUGGACUCAACAGCCUGCUGGGGGCGGGCCGGCAGAACCUCCUCCGCACCAGCAAGAGCUGCAAGCAUGUGGUGUGAAGGGAUCGCGCUCGCGCGCUGCACUGCGGGCGGCCCCCGGAGCCGCCGGUCAUCUACGGGAGCCCCCCGAGCAUCGUCGAGACGAACUUCGGCCGCCGGCUAAACGGCUCGUACCGCCUCCGGCAGCUGGUGCCCACCGUGGUGUACCUGCACAUGAAGAUGCACAAGAGGAUCCUGGGACACCUGUCCUCCGUGUACUGCGUCACCUUCGACCGGACGGGCCGCCGCAUCUUCACGGGCUCAGACGACUGCCUGGUGAAGAUCUGGGGAACGGACGACGGCCGCCUGCUGGCCACGCUGCGCGGACACGCCGCCGAGAUAUCCGACAUGACCGUCAGCUACGAGAACACCAUGAUCGCAGCCGGCUCCUGCGACAAGACCAUCCGGGUGUGGUGCCUGCAGACCUGCGCCCCGCUGGCCGUGCUGGAGGGGCACGCCGCCUCCAUCACCUCGCUGCAGUUCUCGCCCCUCUGCUGCGGCUCGAAGCGCUACCUGUCCUCCACCGGAGCGGACGGCACCAUCUGCUUCUGGCAGUGGGACGCACGCACGCUCAAGUUCUGUCAGAGGCCCAGUAAGUUCACAGAGCGCUCCAGACCCGGUGUCCAGAUGAUCUGUUCCUCCUUCAGCGCCGGCGGUAUGUUCCUGGCCACAGGAAGCACGGAUCACAUCAUCAGGGUGUACUACUUUGGGUCCGGCCAACCGGAGAAGAUCUCUGAACUCGAGUCCCACACGGACAAAGUUGACAGCAUCCAGUUCUCCCAUUGCAGUGACAGGUUCGUGAGCGGCAGUCGGGAUGGUACAGCGCGCAUCUGGCAGCUGCAGCCUCAGGGCUGGAGGAGCAUUCUGCUGGACAUGCAGACCAAAUUACCCGGGAAGUACAACCCCCCUCCGCUGGAAAACAAGGUCACCAAGCUGAAGGUCACCAUGGUAGCGUGGGAUCGCCACGACGGCACGGUGAUCACCGCGGCCAACAACCUGACGCUGAAGGUGUGGAACUCCACCACCGGCGGGCUGGUGCACGUCCUGAUGGGCCACGAGGACGAAGUGUUUGUGCUGGAGCCACACCCCUUCGACCCCAGAAUCCUCUUCUCAGCGGGACACGAUGGCAACUGCAUCGUGUGGGACCUGCACAGAGGAGCCAAGAUCCGCUCCUACUUCAACAUGAUUGAGGGUCAAGGCCACGGAGCGCUGUUUGACUGUAAGUGCAGUCCAGACGGGCAGCAUUUCGCCGCCACCGACUCCCACGGACACCUGCUCAUCUUCGGCUUCGGCUCCAGCAGCAAAUACGACAAGAUAGCGGACCAGAUGUUCUUUCACACCGACUACCGGCCGCUGAUCCGAGACGCCAACAACUACGUGCUGGACGAGCAGACCCAGCAGGCGCCGCACCUGAUGCCCCCCCCCUUCCUGGUGGACGUGGACGGGAACCCCCACCCGCCCAGAUACCAGCGGCUGGUGCCCGGCAGGGAGGGCUGCAGGGACGAGCAGCUCAUCCCGCAGAUGGGGGUCACUUCCUCAGGUCUAAACCAGGUGGUGAGUGAGCAGGCGGUGGACGGUUCCAGUCCCCUGGACACCAUGAUUCAGAGGCUGCAGCAGGAACAGGACCAGAGACGGGGAACCAACGACCCUUCAGCUCCUGCAAACGCCAGGUCCAACAGAGGAUCCGUGGGUUCUCCCACCGAGGUGCACUCUCCGCCCAACGUGGGCCUGCGGCGCAGCGGGCAGAUCGAGGGGGUCCGCCAGAUGCACAGCAACGCCCCGCUCAGCCAGAUGGCCACGGAGGGGGACCUGGUGGCCUGGAGCCGCAGGGUGCUGGUUCCCGAGCUGGAGGACGCCUCCGUCAGGAGACAGAUCACCUGGCGUGAGGCUAAAGGGGAGGAGGAGAUCAAUAUUUAUCAGUCAGAGAGGAGGCGACGUACCAUCCACUCCCUCCCUAAGGAGAGCAGGGGUCACCCGACGUCCGAGGCGGUCGACGAAGGGAGGCGGAGCCAGGGUAACCACGGCUACCACACGCGAGCCGCUAUGGAGGAGACGAGCCGCCAGAGCGCCGAGGCCGCCGACGACGAAGAGGAAACCUCCGAGGUGGACGCGCGGGAGGCGGAGGUGCGGCAAAUCAACGCUCCCUCGGAGGAGGAGAAGGAGGAGGGGCCAAAGGAGGCCGGGCCCGAUGACCACAGUAGCUCGAGCGACUACUCCAGCGACUACUCCGACUGGACGGCGGACGCCGGCAUCAACCUCGAGCCGCCCAAGAAGAGCGUGAAAGUGAAGAAGAAGAGCAGCGGCUCAGAGGAAGACGGCGAGAAGAAGAGGGACGGGAAGAAGGAGAGAAAGAAGGACAAGGCGGACAAAGACGAGACGUUACCAAAGAAGAAGCAGCCAAAGGAGAAGAGGAAGACAGAGUUCCAGGAGCAAGGGAUGACUCUGGAGGAGUGGCUUCCUGCCGCCUGGAUCACCGACACCGUCCCCCGCCGGUGUCCUUACAUACCCCAGAUGGGAGACGAGCUCUACUACUUCAGACAGGGCCAUGAAGCCUACGUGGAGAUGGCCAGACAGAAGAAGAUUUACAGCAUCAAUCCCAAGAAGCAGCCCUGGCACAAGAUGGAGCUGCGGGAGCAGGAGCUGAUGAGAUCGUGCAUCAGUCGAGGUGGCUUGCCCGCUGUGCUGCCUGAAGCUUUCUUCCUGGACCCCGACACCGGCAAGCUGACCGGAGGAUCCUUCUCUAUGAAAUACCACGACAUGCCCGACGUCAUCGACUUCCUGGUUCUGCGCCAGCAGUUCGACAACGCCAGAAAGAGGCAGUGGAGCAUAGGUGACCGGUUCCGGUCGGUCAUCGAUGACGCCUGGUGGUUUGGCACCAUUGAGAGCCAGGAGCCCUUCCAGCCGCAGUAUCCCGACAGCCUGUUCCAGUGCUACAACGUCUGCUGGGAUAACGGAGACACGGAGAAGAUGAGCCCGUGGGACAUGGAGCCCAUCCCUGACGACGCCACGUUCCCCGACGAGUUGGGCACGAGCGUCCCGCUGGUGGAGGAGGAGCAGAAGGAGCUGCUGUACGUCCCGCUGGACGGGGAGUGGGGCUGCCGCACGCGCUCCGACGAGUGCGAGCGCAUCAUCAAAGCCAUCGACCAGCUGUGCACGCUCGAUGUGGCGGCGCCGUUCGCCUUUCCAGUGGACCUGCAGGCUUACCCCACCUACUGCACGGUGGUGGCCUACGUCACUGACCUCAGCACCAUCCGCGAGAGGCUGGUCAACCGCUUCUACAGGCGCCUGUCCUCUCUGAUGUGGGAGGUUCGCUACCUGGAGCACAACGCCCAAGCCUUCAACGAGCCGGGAGCCUUCAUCGUCACCACCGCCAAGUUUGUGUCGGACCUCAUGCUGCAGUUCAUUAAGGACCAAAACAUGACGGACCUCAUGCCGCUCUAUAAAACCAUGAAGAAGGCCACCUUCUCUGACUCUGAAGACGAGGACGACGAGGAGGACGAUGAAGACACUAACACUCCUGGAACGUCCACGCGAAACCACAAGAGCCGGCGACCCGCGCGGCGGCAGCUGCGGACCCGCCCCCCCUCGUACGACCCUCACGCCUGGCGGGGGCGCUGCAAGGACCUGCUGGAUCUCAUCUUCCAGUGCGAAGACUCGGAGCCCUUCAGGGAGCCCGUGGACCUGCAGGAAUACCCGGACUACCUGCAGAUAGUCGACUCGCCGAUGGACUUCAGCACCGUCCUCAACACGCUCAAGGACGGGAAGUACCAAUCUCCCAUUCAUCUGUGCCGGGACGUCCGACUCAUCUUCAGCAACUCCAAAGCGUACACGCCCAGCAAGAAGUCCCGGAUCUACAGCAUGAGUCUGCGGCUCUCCGCCCUGUUCGAGGAGCACGUGGGCUCCCUCCUGUCCGACUACAAGGGCCUCCACGGCCUGACGGAAAAACUGACCCGGCAGGGCACGGACAGGCAGACGCCGCACGCCGCCGCCGACAGGCAGACGCGGCACGCCAUGAAGAGAAGGAGGAGGAGGAGCAGCGAGUCCCCCGCGAGCAGCACCGCGUCCAGUCCAGAGAGAAAGAGGCGGGUCUCCUCCCGGGUGAGCGGAAAAAGGGAGGCAUCGCCGCCGCCGCCGCCGCUGCCGCCCUCCCGGGCCUCCUCUCUGAGGCAGAGCGUCCCGGCCAAAACGCCCGCUCAGCUUGUCAACGGGAAGGCCGACGCGCCGACCGCUGGGCGCACGCGCAGCGCCGCCCGCCAUUCCACGCACUCGCCGCCCUCCUCGUCCUCCUCCUCGCAUCAGGCCCCGGCAGAGUCCACUCGCUCGCUGAGGGCUCAUAACUCCGCGUCGGCCUCGUCGGCACCAGCUCCCGAGAAGGCGACGCCCUCUCCCGCCGCAGAGAGCAGUGGUGGAGGAAGCACCCGGAGGAAGCUCCGCCCCCCUGUACGACUCACACCAGGCUCGCCUGCCAGCCCUCCCUCCCAGAGCACAGUGCACCUGAAUGGCCACGGUAGUCACGUGACCCUGGGAGCGGGGAGGAGGGGCCGUAGAUCCAGGGCGGAGCUGCCAGUGAGUCCUCCAGAAGCCCCGCCCCCGGAGAGCCCGUCCAGACCGCGAGGCCGCCCGGCCGGCAAGAAGAGAGGCAGGAAGAGCAAGCAGGAGCGCGAGGAGACCAGGAGAGGGAGCGGCCACCGCAGGAGCUCCACCCCCGACGACGAGCUCGACCAAUCCACGGGCGACGAGGGCGGGACUUCGUCUGCGCAGGAAACUUCCGUGCUGUCGGACUCUGGCGCCGCGCUGACGCCUCGGCGGCGCGGGCGGCCCCGAGCGGUUAGGGCCGACGAAGCCCCGCCUCCCGCCGAGUCGCCCGAGCCCUCGCCGCCGCCGCUGAGGAGGAGGAGCAGCAGGAGAGCUGCCGAGGAGGUCACGCCUCCUCCGCCGACCGCUGCCGGGCGAUCCACUCGGAGGGAGUCUGCAGAGGAGGAAGAGGAGGAUGAGGAGGAGGAAGGGGAGGCGGGGGAUGAGGCGGGGGGGUCGAUGCGCACGCGUAACCAGGGGCGACGGUCCGCCUGGUACGUGGAGGAGGACUCCGAGGAGGAGCAGAGGCAGCUGCUGUUCGAGGACUCGUCGAUCACGUUCGGCACCUCGUCCAAGGGACGCGUCCGUAAGCUGACGGAAAAGGCCAAAGCCAACCUGAUAGGCUGGUAACCGAGGCAACGGGAGAGACGCACAGGACGUGAGGAGGAGGAGGCCGACAGAGAAGCAGUACGCAUGAGAGUUCUCUCCUCCCUCACGCGUUGGAAGGCUGUUCAGAGCCGCUGGCGACGGAGAGAUGCUCGACGGCCACUCCUCCCUCUCGGUCGGCAGGCCCGUUGCUACGGCGACAACGCAUGCUCAUCCGUCCCAUCUCCUCCGGCCCUAUUGGUCCAUGUUGGACCCCCCGCCCCAUCCAGCCGCCCCCCCCUCGGUUCAUGGCCCAGUGAAACCACCCCCCCCAGAAGAGCAGAAAGCAGUCAGCGCGUACGGUUAACUUGGCGAGCAGAGCUGGAUGUGUCUUAUCUCCCUCAGCCGGGUCGCUCUGUGGCGCAUUACAGACCGCCGCCCCAACAACCACCCAUCCCGCCCCCUCACACCUCUUCAUGAUCCCGGUCUUUUUUUAUACAACCCACCUCCACCCGCCUCUCUGAUUUUUCUAAGAUUUGUAUGUGAGGAUCGGCUCUCUGUUUCUGGAAGUCUUACAUCGGCUGACCUGAGUGCGUCCGCUAAAAUACCAAAUGGUGUACCUCUGUCGGUACGGUAGAUCUGUAGGUUUUGUUUACUGUGCGGGGGCGUGCGUGCGUGCGUGCAAACGCUCUUUUUGCAUGUUUAUUAGAAGGAAAAAGCAUCUCUUUGUUUUUGUUUUCAAAGCUUGUUUUUACUGUGAGGAGAGAACGGCUCUGCGGGGGGUCGUUUACGUCUCGAUCGAUCGUGGAUUCAAUGCGUCCUCAACAUUAGCAAUACCUUGUGCCUUUUAUGUCUGUGGUAUGUGUGAGUGUGUGUCUGCGUGUGUGAGAGUGUGUGUCUGUGUGAGUGUGUCACUCACUUUCAGCGUGCAAACAGUGGCAUACAGUUUGAUUGUUGUGAAGCCUCUCAAAGAAGUGUAUUUAUAGCGUUUAAAAAAGAAAAAAAGUGUUUACUGUUGUUGUAAAACCAUCGUUCAUGUCGAUAUAUUAUCCUAUAACCAACCUGUCGUCUUUGAGAUGCACUCACCGCAGACCGAGGGAGCACACCUGUGUACUUUAAAUUUGUUAACUAUGAAAAUGGACUUUUAAAAUGUUGAUGUGUUUCUAUAGUGGCCACACACACACACACACACACACACGCACACGCAAAUAAGCGCACGCAUCCAGACACGCGUUUCUGUCUCGCAUGUUCAAGCACUUUCUGGAGCCUGGAGAAAAGGGGGCGGGGCCAGAUGGAUCUGGGCGGGAUGGAAGAGAGCGAUCUCCGAUUCAUCAUCCUCAUUGUGUGCCUUGGCUUCUCUGGCAUAUUUAGUCCUUGGUUUCUACUUUUGGGGCCUUUUUUAAUCUUCUUUUUGGACCAGCUGCUUUGUGCUGGUCUCUGGCUUCAGAGAACUGGACUUUUAGGCCUUUUUACAAUCCGACUCCCUGUAAUAGUUUAUGAAGAGGACGGCUGCAGUUUAAAGGUAUAACAUGCAACAUUUUCCUCAAAUAUGAAGAAUAGACUCCAUCAGAAAGCAUCACUCAUGACCCCCGACCAAUAAAUGUGACAUAUUAUACCUUUUUACACGUGUAUCUGUUCCCCUGCUGGUGUUGUGGGAUUGAUGGGAGAUGUUUUACGCCCAGUUAGUCCUUCUUAUCACAUAUUAUUGAACAUAUAAAUAUAUCAUCUGUUUAUUGUUGCGUUUCCUUUUGUCAAUACCAAAUUCUGUCUCUGGGCACUGAAGUUGUACAACAUGGCUUUUGAAUGUUUGUGCGUGUGUGUGUGUGUGUGUGUGUGACGAACAGGACGGGCUGUCGGCGACCACGUCGUUUUAUACCGCGUCACACUUAUCGAGGAGACGAUUAAUUCUUUCUUUUUCCACUCAACCCGGCCGACGAAAGCCGGCCUUUUGCUUUGAUCUGUUUAUAUUGUGUAUAUGGAGAGUUUUAUUCCAGAUUAACAUAAAACACUGACACCGUCCUCCCCCACGAAUGAGAACAAACGCUGUGGUUGGGCUUUGGGUUAAAGAUGAAAGAUAAUGAAACGUAUGUAUUUUAUGGGCUAAGAAACUCUUUGUUGGCACAUAGCGUUUUUUUUUUUUUUUUGCCUGAUAAAUAAUGAUAAUUCCAUCUGCACAGAUCACAUUUUACACUCGGCCUUCUCAAACCCGACAUUUACAUGAGCAAACUCAAGAAAAGGAGUAAAGUUCCAAAAAACUUGGUUUGGAUGUUCAAAUUUUGAAUUACUAAUAAACAUGGCGGCCGUUUAUAUCUCUUUCUUAUUCAGAGCAACCUCUCGUCACUUCAAAAGGGGCCUUAAAUGUUUAUCAGCGUGAACUGGUGUGUCGCUAUGGGUCACGGGGUCAUGACUGGGGUGCAGCUUUAUUGAAGUUCAGAUCUGCCCUCUUACUUGAGCCGCUUCACGUACACACACAUUUAGCUUGGGUCCGUACGUAAGUGUGAGUGGCGCCGUUUGUGACCUCUGACUCAGGUUAAAGGUCACUGUGUGUGUGUGUGAGAGUGUGUGAGUGGGCCGUCAGGAAGCUUUUUGGGGCGUUUUGAGGACGGGGGGGCGAAGAGGACGUCUUUGUUAGUUUGGAUACUUUUUAUAUAUAAAGGAAUUAUUGCAAAACAGAAGCAUAAAGCUAGAAUGUAUGUGUAGGGGAGUUCUGCUGUCCUGUUAGUUCAUACCGAUAUUUUAAGUAAAUAAACCGUUGUGUUUCCAUAACCA